AUGAGUCAAUUUUCUGAAUAUUUACUACAAAUUGGUUUGGAAUCAUACCAAACAUUACUUGAAGAAAAUGGUUACGAUGAUCCAGAUUUAAUUUCAGAGUUGACAGAAGAAGAACUCGUUUCUAUUGGUGUAAAGAGAGGUCAUGCCAAAAGAGCAUUUUUAAAAGCACAAGAUAGAAAUAGUACAACUGUAACUACUAGUUCUUCAUCAUCAUCUAGUUCAACUACAUCAACAUCAUCAACAAAUGCACCACCAGCUACACCAACCAAUCCACCCCCAUCCAAAAAGAUAGUGAUGGGUAAAAAGGGUGAUGACGAAAGUGACGAUGAAGACAAGUCAGAUAUCGCUCCAUCAUCCAGUUUUGGUGGUCCAAAGCUACAGUCAAAGGUCCUUUGCGAGGGCUUUUUACAAAAGAAAGGAGAGGAAGGCUUUUUUGGAAGCAAAGUAUGGAGCAAGAGAUAUUUCAAGUUGUUUGAAGAGGGACGUAUCGCAUACUACAAGAACCAACAAGAUGUUGCAUAUAUCAAUAUCAUCGAGUUGAGAGGUGCAUUGUCGUGUGAGGAGUUUGCCGGCAAACAAUAUGCUUUCAAGAUCUCGAUGAAGACUAGUGCUCGUGUCUACUACCUCUUGGCACCAAACCCAGGUGACAAGUCGAGAUGGAUCUCAACAUUGCAACAGACCCGUAAGCUCUCUGUCGACGGUUCCGUCCCCAUCUGGAUUCGCAACUUGCCACGCAAGAUUGACGACCGCUCUGUUCACUUUUUGUCACUCUCUGACCCAAAUGCCUUUGUCGCCGAGCAAACCUACCACUGCGACCCAAUCACUCCCGAAAAGAUGCUUGAAAAGUUGAUUGGCUUGACCAUCGAAGUGUCGGUUCCUCGUGACGACCACUUUUCACAUCCAGUCACUUUCAAGGGUGAGCUCCAAUACUUUGCCAAGCAAAAGUCGUAUGCACUCGUAAACCAAGAAGACAAUAGCGUCCACUUUUUGGGCAGUGCCGAACACGUCACCUUUAACCUUUUGGAAAACAAGAUUGCCGAUGGUGUGUUCCGCCCAAGCUCACUCGAGUGGAUUGUCAAAUCGCAAGAAAAGGAUCACCUCUUUAAGCUCUCUUACAAUGCUUCCGAUCUCUUCAAGUGGUUUGCUUCCUACUCUAUCAUUCUCAACCCAAAGGAAACCGAGAUGGAGUUGCGUGGUUUCUACACCAUCAAGAACAAGUCUGGCAAGACCUUUGAGAAUGCCAACCUCAUCUUGAUCCGCGAGCCAGAGGAUCCAGCCACCAAAAAGGACGAGAAAAAGGAUGAGGGUUCGUCGCUACCCAUCCCCAUGCCCAAGCUAGGUAUGUUCAAGUUUGGCAAGUUGCCCAUCCCAGGCUUGGGUGGAGGUUCCACCAAAGUCGACCACGGUCCAGACAAACGUUCCUUUAAAUACACAUACCCAGAACGCACCACCUUGCGUGACAACGAGACCAAGCAACUAUGCUUUGUAUCGGCCAAGAUGCCAGUAAAGUCUGUCGACUACAUUACCUACGCCACACCCAAAUACACCAAAUACGCAUCGAUUGACAAGAGCCACGGCUCUGACAUUACCACCGGCCAAGUCGACUCGGCACUCAUCUUUACCUGGGACAAGGGAUUCCCAUUGCCAGGCGGUCAAGUCAAGUUGCAACGUCAAAACAAGGAUGGCUUUGGUUCGGAUAUUGUCAACACUUUCAACUUGUCGCACUACAACCCCAACGACAUUAUCCUCGUGCCACUCCAAAGUCUCGGCCGUGUCUCUGCGUCGAGAAAGCAAACUGGUUACAACCUCGACAUUGACCAACUCUACUGUGUCGAGACAUUCGAGUUGCGUGUCAACAAUGGUCGUGAAGAAGAGGUUCGCGUCAUUCUCGAAGAGUCACUCUACCGUUGGGAAAACUACGAAAUCACCUACGACUCUAUUCCACACUCUAGACAUCCAACACAUCCACGCAAGAUCCAAUGGCAUCUUACCAUCCCACCUUUGGACGGUGUCACUAUCAACUACUCUGUCUUUUACAGUGGUCUUUGUAUUCCUGAAUCAAUGAUGCCAAAGAAAGAACCAACUGCUGCUACUCCUCCAAAGAAAUAA